AUGACCUCGCCGCUGUUAUCGUCUACGACCUCGCCUCGCAAGAUUAUAUCAGAGAGUUCAGAAGCUCGCAGUCUAACCAGUAGUAAACUGUCACAGCUUGUUUCCAAGUUCGAGUUCCUUAAUGCUGUGGCUUCGGUUGGCAGUUCGCCUCGUGGUUCGUCAAUCACCAAGCCCCCUACUGCCAUCACGUCCUCCUCUGUGGCUGGACAAACACCAUCAAGAUUACCGAAGCCUUUAUCUCAAGAGACUAUAGAGACACGGGAGAGAUGCUCAAUCGAUAGCCAUCUUUCAUCCAAUCGCUUCACUACUUCAAGUCGAGAGCCCAUUCUUGCCCGCCGAGCGCAAACCUUUGGAACCAAACCACCCGUUACACCAAACAAAAGUGUUGAUGUAAAAUCACGGCAAAAGUCUGUGGCAGAGAGGAGGAGGAUCUUCGAGACAGCAAGCCAGCAAAAUGGACUCUCGCCUUCUCCUCGUGCGCCUUUAGUUCCUCGGCCACCGUCGAGACUGGCCCAUUCCAAAAGCUGGAGAUCGCUCAAGAGCAGACGUUCUGCCGAGCAAUCUUCCGCGGAUCAUGAUCCAACAGAUCAAGAGUCAAACACAGCUUCCAAGACACUUUCUCCGACGUCUCGGUUUGUCCCUUCGCCCCGGACCCUUCUCGCUUCCGACGAUCCUUUCGUAACGUGGCGAUCCCCAUUGAAUCGGCCGGAUGAUUCAUGGACGUCGUUCAAGCGUAGCAGUCUAACGACAACUGCGCCAGAUGCAAGCCCAAGCUACAUAAGGUCCCAGUAUACUGAGGCGUCACCACAAAUAGAUAAAAGACUAUCGGCAAACGAUGUCAAAUUUAAGUCUGUACGCUGCAAUGAUGCUGUUCAAAGGAAAGCCUCAACUGAGGAAAACCGGCACCACGGAUGGGUGCGCCAUGCUCAAAAGAUAGCAUCUUCAUUGUCUAACACAGUAUAUGGGGGGACCUCAAGCACCCGAAACAAAUCUCUUGCAUCUCCGGAUGCAUUCGAUCAGGUUCCCUUCAGCAAAAAUGGCCUGAUGUCCUUCAAGCUUAGGGGUAAAAGCGACACAAGCCGUCCCAAGCUGCCACAUUCUAAAAUCUCAGGCUUUCGCAAGAGACUUGAACAGUCAAAAGAGCAACCAUCAGUUGCAUUUGCGCUUAUUAACAGGAAGCGUCACGAGUCCGUUCCCACUACAGUUGGAGCGGCAGUUUCACCUUCGCAACUUCCGUUACUGAAGUCUUUUAGUUCGUCAGAGUCGGAUGUUUUAAAAACGCCAAAGGUUGGGCUCAAAAGCCGUAUCCCACAGGGAUCACUUCGAAAUUCAGUUGGACGUCGGAGCACAGAGAAAAAUGACUCACCUCUGAAGCAAAAGAUCAGUCUUUUUGAGUCAUUGGAUCGCCACAAUUCGGUUCCUAAUGCUCUCCACGUGGGAAUUGAUGGCCAACAAACCUUUGUCAAGCCUCGUGAGCAUGAGCGAAAGGAUUCCGUUAUAGCCCCCCUCCGAUCGUUUCGGGGAAAAUUACGGCGAAUAUCUACGUCUUGUCGAAGGACACCAUCGGAAUGGAGCACUACAAGUUCGAGAGAUGUUGGUAACUCCACGCAAAGCUCUGAUACCAGUCUAGUGGCUCAAAAAGAACAAAUUGCUACGGCAGCAACUGAGGAACCCCUGUCGCCUCACACCAUUGAUCCCAUUCCAUUGCAUCCUAUCCUCAAGCAGACUCUUCUCACCGAUGAAAUAUCACCUCUUGUGCUGGAAAAGCCUUUGUCCUUCCCUCGAGCUUCCAUUACUCGAACGGGCUUCAAUAUUGAUGGUGAGGCUGGCUUAGGUAUAGCGCCCCUUCCUUUGUUCGCCGAACCUCAAAGACGAUUCUCUCGCACCAAGCAUGCCCUCUCUCGAGCUACCAACCGACGUUCCUUGCCAGAUGUUGAAACAGAAUUUGAGUUACUUGAACUUCUCGAGGACAAUCUCAAAAGUCUGUCUGAAGAGAGCCCCCCUAUCUCCAAGGCACGUUGCUUGUUGGAGCAACCUAUGCCAGUGCGUGCGAAUGAACUGAGACGACUUGUCAGUAUGUGCAAGGACAAAGUCAGGAAGAUCUCAGGCGGUCGCAGUGAGUAG